GAUCACUCCUUAAUAUAGUACAAGAUAUUAUAAAUAAUAACUAAACAAAAUCAAUCCUGUGUUAAAACAAUUCAUCUUGAAUCUUUGUACUUGUUAUCUGUUAACUGAUUUUUAACAAUAGAACAAUUGAACAUUUGGAUAUAAUUACAGAUUGUGUGCGUUUACAUCAGCAAGCUGUACAUAUGUGUAAUUUCGCUAAAAAGCGGGCAUUCUGAACCAGUCUGCAUGUGCAGAUAGUCGCGUUUGUGUGCGUGCUUAAGAAAUAUAAUAAUAAAAUAUAAAUCGGAUACUUGGAGCCCAAAUCAGACAGGAGAAGUAGGUUUUAGAUUUGGCAACCGUAAUCUGACGACGUACACUCAGCAACACAACGCAUAGCUAUUAUUUCGGUAACGAAAUUACAAGCCGGGUUCCAGCGACCAACCCCGCGGCUAUUAUUCCGAUAACGGUUCUCAUAGCCUGGAACCAGCCAUGCAGAACGACAGUCUCAGCUGGGAAAACCACGAGUCAUGCCGGAAGGUGUGCGAGCUGUGUCCCGGCGACAAGAUCGGCGUCUUCUCCGUUGUCGACUACGUCCUGUUCGCCGCGGUGCUCGUCAUUUCCGCCGCCAUCGGCGUCUACUACAUGGUGCGCGAGUACAUGAACGCUAAGAAGGCGACCGCCGACGAUGUGCUAAUGGGCGGCCGCGACAUCGGCAUCUUCCCGAUCGCGAUGAGCCUCAUGGCGAGUUUCAUGUCGGCGAUAACAGUGUUGGGGACGCCGACGGAGAUGUACAACGUGAACACGAGCUACUGGGUGGCCGGCCUCGCUAUGAUCCCGACGGUGAUCGUCACCAACCACGUGUUCCUGCCGUUCUUCCACGAGCUCAGUCUCACCAGCGCCUACGAGUACCUGGAGAAACGGUUCAACCGAACUACAAGAGUGUGCGCAUCCGUUCUAUUUAUUAUAAACAUGAUACUCUACAUGGGUGUGGUGCUAUACGCCCCGGCUCUCGCACUCAACCAAGUGACAGGACUCUCUCUGGCUCUGUCUAUCGUGUCUAUUGGCAUCGUCUGUACAUUCUACACGGCAUUAGGCGGUUUACGUGCAGUCGUAUGGACGGACACGUUUCAGACGUUCGUCGUCAUGGCAGGUCUAAUUGCCGUCACCAUCCAGGGAUCGAAAGACCUGGGCGGCAUUGACAAGGUUUGGUCCAUCGCCGACAACGGGGGAAGAAUCUUCUUUUUAGACUGGAGCGGGGAUCCAACCACGCGACAUUCUGUGUGGUCGCUUUUGAUUGGCUCGUUCGUCGGUCAGCUGACCAUCUACGCAGCCAAUCAGACGAUGAUUCAGAGAUACCUUGCGAUCAAGGACCCACAAAAUUCACAAAAGGCCUUGUACCUCAGUCUGCCCCUCACUCUUAUCCUCUCCUCGCUCGUCUGCGUCGUCGGCAUCGUCAUCUACGCAACCUACCACUCGUGCGACCCGUAUCUCCUCGGCCACGUGCAUGCGCGCGAUCAGCUGUUACCGUUUCUCGUGAUGGACAAACUUACCUUCCUGCCGGGUCUGUCCGGCCUUUUUGUCGCCUGCAUAUUUAGUGCAUCCCUAAGCUCCAUAUCGUCCGGCCUGAACGCUCUGGCCAUCGUGAUCCUGGAGGACAUUGUGAAGAUAAUCUGGGAGAUGAAGAACAUCACGCCCAGCCCUGAAACCGUCACCAGACUCGCCAAGAUUCUAGGUCUCGUUUGCGGCGGUAUUGUCAUCGGUGUUGCUUUCGUCGCACAGUUCCUUGGGCAGACCGUACUGCAAAUUAUGCUGAGUAUAUUCGGUAUGGUGGGUGGACCCUUGUUAGGUCUCUUCAUCUCGGGACUAUUUCUGCCGUGGAUAAACGAAUGGGGGGCUCUGUCAGGCCUGAUAAUCAGCUCCUUGCUCAAUUUCUGGGUGGGAAUCGGCUCGAGCGUCGCACUUCCGGUACCGGAUGUAAUUCACGUAAGCACAGACAUGUGCUCUUACUUCAACAACACGUGCGCGGCCUCUGAGAACGUGACUUUAGACACAGUGACCACCACCAUGGCAGCAAUGGCGACCACGUCGCCUGAUGACGUUUUAUGGGUCUACCGGAUGUCGUAUCUAUGGUACGCCCUAUUUGCCGUAAUAGUUUCGCUCAUCGUCGGGACCAUUGUUACCAUUGUUACCUCCUAUAUCACAGAUUUCCAGCGGCCAGAGGAUGUGGAUCCUAAGCUGAUUCACCACUGGGUUGACAGAGUCUGUUGUUAUCUGCCCCUAUGCGUGAAGAGAGUAUACAGAAUCGAAGAAGAACGAGACAAAAGUGUAUCUUAUUCCGAAGAUAAAGACAUAGAACUUCACGAAACAGGUUACUACGUGAACAACGCUUUGGAAACCGAAAUGGUCGUCAAGGUACAUAACGGUCAGCCGUCAGCCACUAUAGACAACGGAACAAAAUUAUGAGAUCGUAGUUUGUGAAGUGGAAGUGUGAUAUAUACCUAUCUCUAUUUAAUAGUGGUAUGGUAACCAAAUAUUUACACACUUGAAUCUAAACAGCACCGUAUGUUGACCAAGCACUUGAGUAUGAUGUAAAAGAUAUUGCAUGAAGUUUUAACGUUUUAGUUCAUCAGAUUAGUUAAAGAAGACGUAUAUGCAUAUUCAUAUCAUAUAAUAAAUAUUUAUAAAUUAAGGUAUAUUAAUGGUUGAUUGUUGUUGAAGGACAGUUUCUAUUAAUUUAAAAUAUAAUGUCAGGGAGCUGUUAGAUCACUCUUUUGUAUAUAUAUAUAUAUAUAUAUAUAUAUAUAUAUAUAUAUAUAUAUAUAUAUAUAUAUAUAUAUAUAUAUAUAUAUAUAUAUAUAUUUAUUAUAUACUGUUUUAAAUGUGCUAUAAAAUUAUCUUAUAGUACAAAUGUCCAUGUUAACUGUGUAAAUAUAAGUAUUUAUGUUGAAUCAAAUUAAUAAUUUAUGUGCUAAAUUGGAUCAUGGUGAGUCUAAAUAACCGCGUAUUUGGGUAAGAGCCCCUCUUUCCCACCUCAUGUGAGUUUGGUUGGUGGUCACAAUAUCGGGCAGGUAGGGUUUCCUCGGGGUAUUCCGGCUCCGAACCCCACAGCGCUUGACAAAAUUAAAAGCCUUUUAGUUAACCAAAUAAAAAGCUUUCUACAAACUUCAUCCCAAUAUUCAUGAUUCUAUAAAGUAAGUUGAGUGGGAGUGCUUGGACACACUCCGGGUCCUCACAUAAUGUAUUCUCAGGCGAGGAUAAACAUAAUAAAGUGCGAAACAAAAUAAUUAUUUCCAUCCAAAAUCUAAAUAUUGAGUUCACAACGCAUUCAAAUUAAUUAUAUUCGUGUGUAUUUCAUUUAUUUAUUACAAAUUAAGCCUUCUUUGGUCGUAAUAUGAGUCGUUAUAUUCUUAUUUUUACCUAAUAGGACACGAUUACAAUUUAUUUAGACAUUUGGCAUACUAGUCCAACUACGACGUCAACACGUCCAUGGCGGAAAACGGGGUUUUACGUAAAUACAUAAUUUGAUUAAAAUGUCAUGCGAGAGUUUUGUUGUUAUUUUAUUUCAACGGAAUGCUUCUAAAAAUGACUUAACAGGGGAAGUGUAUAAUUUGUCAAAAUUCAGGCAGCUGUUUUCAUUCUUAUUUUGUUUUCCUUCAUUUAAACACUAUUUGUUGUUUGUGUCAUGUACACAAUUUUAGACGUAAUACCUUUAAUUAAGCGCAUUUAUUAAAAUAAAAUUAAAUAAUAUUUAUUUGUUAAAUACACGUAUUGCAAAAAUUAUGCCGAAUUCAUAUAUGGUUAAGUCCAGAACUGGCUCAGAUAGAUAGUGUGUUUUUGUUCAAAUAACAUAAAGGAGGAAAGGAAAACAGUUACAUUUUGCCUUUGCAUUGAUUUGAAUCCAAAACUUAUACAAUAGUUAAUUGAUGCUUUAGCACUCGAUCAUACACAUAUCUAAGUUAUACAUGAAUUGCCUAAAAACGGAUAAAGAGGUUCCCAUACGCUGUAAUACACCACUGCCAUAAAUGAAUAUUAGUAAUGAAACGAUACGUCUAUAUUUUUUUAUGAAUGAGUGUUUAGUGCUUGUUUGCAUGUAUUAUUUAAUAAAAUCAAGCGCUGUUCGCUCUGCAAUGGCACUCAUUAGUAAGCCUCUUUAACGAUUCAACUUAAUACCUUAUCUUUCAAUAGAUAGAGAACAAUAGUGGCUUUGUAUAACUACGCUCUGGCAAUCACACCAUGAUCGAAUUUAGCUACAGUCUAACAAGCCAUUAAAGACCACAUGUGGUCUUUAUUCGCUGGAUCGAUUGAAACUUUACAAAAUUUACUAGUGUAAUUCGUAUGGUCAUAUGUUUACUUAUAGCUUGUUAUUCGUACAACUGGGAAGAUGUUUAUCAAUCACGAUAAAAUCGACAUAAUUAA